AUUUUUUUAUCAAUAGUAGGUCAACCGAAGUAUGCCGUUGACCGGUUGAACCUACCGGCGACCUGUUACACUAUUUAUCAGUGUUUUGUAUAUUUAUUCUAAGCCCCUUCAAGAUGGGUCGGGAGAUAUUAUUCCUUCACUUUGGUCAAGCCGGCGUACAAAUGGGCUCAGCUCUGUGGGAGUUAUUUUGCAUAGAACACCAGCUUACGUCAGAUGGUCAACUAACGCAAAAUGAGGAGGAAAUUCUUGAAUCAGUCAGCGAGAACAUUGGAGCAUUUUUUAAUAGGGGCCAAAGAACUUGGACACCCAGAGCGCUAAUGGUAGACUUGGAACCCACUGUGAUUGAUGAAAUCCGCGUGGGUCCAUAUCGCAGACUCUGGAAGCCAAGUUGUCUGAUUACUGGCAAAGAGGACGCUGCAAAUAACUAUGGACGAGGGAAUUGCACAAUCGGAAGACGGAAGCUGGGGAGAACUAUGGAAGUUAUUCGCAAAAUGGUGGAGGAGUCCCACAACCUGGCUGCCUUUGUAACAAUACAUUCAUAUUCUGGAGGGACCGGAUCAGGUUUCACCAGUCUAAUUAUCGAUAACUUGUGUGAUGAGUACGGGAAGAAAUUUAAGUUUAGUACUUCAGUCUUUCCCUCAUCCAUGUACUCUCAAUCCACUGUAGAUCCAUACAAUGCGAUCCUGCAUUCGCAUUCUACGAUUGAGACGUUGGAUUGUGAUAUCCUAUUUGAUAAUCAGACCAUGUUUGAUCGAUGCUCUAAAAACUUGACAAUUCAUCAACCUUCGUACACAGACAUCAACAGGCUACUGGCACAAAUGCUCAGUUCAGUCUUUCUGUCUCAUCGUUUCAUCUAUUACGGGUCCCAACAUGCCGAUACGACUGAGCUAAUGACCAAUUUGAUUCCCUAUCCACGCAUUCACUUCCCGUCACUCUUCUACGCUCCACUAUGGUCCCGAUGGCAAAUUGAUCAUGACGCCAUUAGCAUAUCAGAGUUAACGAGAACGGUAUUCAGCGAAGACGCCCGCACUAUUGACUUCCCUUCCACGCGGAACGCCUACAUCUCUUGUGCGAUGCUGUAUCGUGGGGUUACCAGUCCGAAACAAAUUUACGAUGCCCUCAAAAUGGUGAAGGGUACUCCUAGCAUCGGUGCCAAUUUUGUGGACUGGUGUCCCACUGGGUUUAAGAUAGGCCUGAACACUUUUCCACCGGUAACAAUCGAGCACUCUCCGCUUGCGGCUUCUCCAAGGUCCGUUUGCAUGCUGGCUGGAAACUUGGGAAUGAGACAUGCUUGGCAUAGAAAUAACAUGAAAUUCGAUGUGUUGUUCAGUCGUAGAAGUUUUAUACACUGGUUCAUAGGUGAAGGAAUCGAAGAGAGUGAGUUCCUGGAGGCACGAGAUGACAUGGCGUUUUUGGAGCAAGAUUAUGCCGAACUGCUCGGUGAAACCAUUCAACCACUGGAAACUGUGGAGCCAACUAGUCCUUUUCCACCGCACUCAGCAACUGAGGCACCACAGCCCACAUCCGUUCAGAUGGAGAGAGCAAUGCCACAGUCAUUGGAGAACGCCAGUGUACGCUCUGAGCUUAGCGGGAGCCAAAAUUCGCCUGAUCGCUUGGCAAUGAAUUCGAACAACGGAAACCUCGCAUUACCGUAUGAUCUAAUAGGCGAACGUAAUUGGUCAAACUCCCGCUCGACGAACAGGACGAACAAAUACGCGGAACUUGAGUUGGUAGACGUGGACGGACGAAUGGUAAGAUAUGAAAACCAAAGUCGGUCGUCUCAUGGUCGGCCACCGAGAUAUCAACAACCUCAGAUCGCAUCUCCUUUACCACCUAGACAACAGUCACGGCAUUCAAGUAAGCUGAAUCAUCAAACUGAUUCCGAGGAAGUCACGAGAAGCCAAUGGGAGUCAAGCCAUGCAGAAACCUGCUGUUCACAAUAUUCGGGCGGUAAUAGUGAGGUUCACAUGACGUCAUGCCACAAUUGUCGCGGUGGUUUCCGACCUUAUGGUGACGACAAAGAAUUUGAUGCACCUAAGUCCACUGGGACUAUUUCAAACGAAUCUGACUCCCGAGAUAGUCAAGUUCAAAAAGCAAAGGCCAUGCGUGAAAGCAAUAUGAAUAAUGCCAGGUGCUCUCGGACCAGUAUAGACACGGGCUUUUCACCUACGGAACCGCUGGUUCUGCCUGAUCAUCAGAUACACACUGAUCACGAAUUCACGCCGCGUGAUAGUGUGGAAUGGAGCCCUGCGUUCAGUAGUCAAGCCUCAAGUGGUGAGGUACCAGACCUAAGAACAUCCAAGUGUGUCUCGCUGCACCACUGUCGCAAGGUACGUGACGGCAGUGUGCAAAUGAAUUCGAAAACCACAGUUCCAAACGGUCCAAAAAUUACAUCAGUUACUUCCAGUGUGUCCGCUUUAAGUCAUCCUGGGCAAAAUAUCGCGGUUUGUCCGGUGAAUAUCAACUGUCCCACACAGUCCGAGCCAUAUGCUGCCUCAGUUGAAGGAGAACACACCGAAUCGUUUAGUGCGCAUAAUGAUCUUGACCCUACCACUCAGGUCGCUUUACAACGACGCAUACUGCAACCUCAUAGCGUCACAAGCGGCUUGGGUUCCAUGAGUCACGUUCAGUCUGCCGCUGCCUCAUCUGCAGUUGAGAGCCAAGAUCAUAGGUCCAAUUCUGCGUCGCACUUUUCCGCAAGUCAGUAUGGAUCAGAAGAUGCAGCUUCGAUCGCAGCUGCUCGACGUCACCAAUAUUGCCAUCAUCGUUGCCACGGCGAACAUCGUCACCGCCAUCAUCCCCACCACAAACACCAUCAUCAUCAUCGUCCUCAUCCUCACAAGCGUGUCACAGUCACACCGAAAGGGACAGAGGAAAUGGCACGGUUGGAGUCCUACGAAGUUGUAAACAAGUAUGCCGUCAGCCAGUCAGGGGACCACCACGCUAGCAGUUCCGGUACAUCACCCGAUCAACCGGUAGUAGCCAGGAACCGGUCAACCUCCAGCAUGGAGAGACAUGCGGUUUACGAGGUUUCAGUGACUGAAGAAGAGGAUCGCGCAUCGACGCCCAUUUUAUCCGCCUGGUCAGCAGGCCACAAGCGACUACCGACUCGUAGCACGGCAGAGUAAUUUGACCAAUUCUAAUACGUGUGCAUGGGCAAGGAAGCUCAAUUGCCCUUUCCGGGACACGUAAACACGUGAGUGAAGUCACCAAGACAACUAAUGAAUUUCCUGGUGUCGUUUGCGAAAGAGGCACGUUAAUACAGUGCAGACGUUGAGUUGAAUAAAAUUUCACUCUGUAUUGCAAUUUGUUGUUGUGUUGGCAAUACAACCAUGUUAAUAGAUGGUUCGGAUAACUGAGACAGAUUCAGUCUUACUUAUUCUAAUAAACUGCGAUGCUGUCGGG